AUGGCUGCUACUCCAAAAUCUUUCACCCCGAAGAAACCCUCCGACACCCUAAUUUCGGUUUCCAAGGUGAGGGUCAUCGUCAGAGUAAGACCCUUCCUCGAGCACGAAACCUCAGCAAAAAACGGCGAACCCGUUUCUUGUAUCUCCGUCUUGGACCAAGAUUUCGAGUUUCCGCGGGAAGAGGUUGCUGUUUAUCUCAAAGACCCACAAACCAGUCGGAAUGAGUGCUACCAGUUGGAUUCUUUCUUUGGGCAGGAAGAUAACAAUGUGGGGCAGAUAUUCUGCAGAGAAGUGAGCCCCUUGAUUCCGGGAAUGUUCAGUGGAUGCAAUGCCACGGUGUUUGCUUAUGGGGCUACUGGCAGUGGGAAGACAUACACCAUGCAGGGAACUGAGGAACAACCUGGCUUGAUGCCACUGGCAAUGUCUAUGAUCCUGUCUAUUUGCCAGAGCACUGGCAGCACAGCACAGAUCUCAUACUAUGAGGUCUACAUGGACCGAUGCUACGACCUUUUGGAGCUCAAAGAGAAUGAGAUUUCAGUUUUGGAUGACAAAGAUGGGCUAGUUCACCUCCGGGGACUGUCUCAGGUUCCUAUAAACACAAUGUCUGAAUUUCAAGAUGUUUUCUCUUGUGGAGUUCAGAGACGCAAAGUUGCACACACAGGCCUCAAUGAUGUCUCUAGUAGGAGUCAUGGAGUGCUUGUGAUAUCUGUGUGCACUACUUCUUCUGAUGGCACUGGAACUGUCGUAUGUGGAAAGUUGAAUCUCAUAGACUUGGCAGGUAAUGAGGACAACAGAAGGACCUGCAAUGAAGGGAUUCGUCUCCAAGAGAGUGCAAAGAUAAAACAGUCCUUGUUUGCACUGUCAAAUGUGAUAUAUGCACUGAACAACAAUAAACCUAGAGUACCCUACCGAGAAAGCAAAUUGACCCGUAUAUUGCAGGACUCUCUAGGGGGAACAAGUCGUGCACUGAUGGUUGCUUGCCUGAAUCCAGGAGAAUACCAGGAAUCUGUUCACACUGUUAGUUUAGCUGCUCGAUCAAGGCAUGUCUCAAAUUUUGUACCUUCAGCUCACAAACAAGAGACCCCAAAAGUUAAAGUUGACAUGGAAGCAAAAUUAAGAGCUUGGUUAGAAUCAAAAGGAAAAACAAAGAGUACACAAAGACUUGGGCCAUUUAAUUCUCCACUUCCUAAAAAGACUCCCAUUCCCAUCGUUACCCCUGCUAAGAGAUCCAUUUCCUUUAACAGUUCAGUGAAGGGGGGAAGAACUGCCAUCGACCUAGAUACUAAACAUACUAAUGAAAGGGCUUUUGCUGUGGCUUUUGAAAAUUUACUAGAUGCUGAAGGUUCAUUUGAUUCAUGCGUGGAGAAUGCACCAUCUGGUGUCAAGGACCAUGAUAACAAAGAGACUGAGCAUCAAGCCAACAAGGCUGCAUGGCAAUCAUACAAAAAUCUACCUGCCGAGCCAUUGAGAAAGGCAGUAAACUCAAUAAUUACUAAUGAGAGUAAAGAUGCAGCACAAAGUCCUUUAAGAAAAGCACUCUCCCCCAUCAACAUCAAUGCUAAUGAAAAACCCCUUGAGGCAUUGUCUUUCACACAAACACCUUUUCUGGCAACCUGCUCCACUAAUAAAGGGAUACAAAAGAAUGAGACUCCACUCGGAAAAUUCAGCACACGCAGUUCUACAUUGAAGACCUGUCUUGUCCAAGAAUACCUUGAUUUCUUAAAUAAUGCAAGCAGAGAGGAACUACUUGAGUUAAAGGGCAUAGGAGAGAAAAUGGCAGAAUACAUUAUAGACCUCAGAGAAGAAAGUCCACUAAAAUCGUUAAAUGAUUUGGAGAAGAUAGGCCUCUCUACCAAGCAGGCCCAUAACCUGUUCACAAAAGCUGCAAAAAAAUUAUUUGAAGAUAAAGCUGAAGAUUCAAUACUCAGUUGA